AUGUACAUAAAUAGUCAAGCUAGCAGUCUUCACAGCGCUUUACCACCAUUGCUCACUGAACACGAUUUGAAUAAGAUGUCGGAUCAUGUAUUUGAACUUUAUGAUUCUGAUGGAACAGGAAAACUGACAUUCGAGGAAUUUGCUGAAGUUUAUCUGAUGCUCAAUCAUUAUCCAGGUAUAUCGACAAAUGGUGUUACAUUUCGUGAUCGAUUUAACUACAUCUUGGAUCAAGACAACCCAACACCAAAUUUUAUCACACGUAAACAAGGUGAACGGAUGUUCAAUCGUCUCAAUAGAUAUAACAAUUGGAUAAAUUCGAAAGACACAACAUCCUCUGACACGUCAAAACCGGUAACUAAUAGUUGGGAAUCUCAUUGGAGCAAACUCGAUGAUGGUAGUGAUCGGUAAGUAUUUGUUUUUACUUUUUCUAUUUUCAUCAUUUAUCUUACUUCAUUUCCAGUGUGCCGAAAGAGAAGUUUGUCGACUAUAUCACUACUUUGAAUGAUUACAAACAUCAUUUCGAUCCUGCUACAGUCUGAACUGAAAUAUACCAUUGACAAGUACAAUCUAACAAAAUUGCGUUUUUUCUUAUUUUUAAUUCUAUGUCAUUUCGUCUCAUAUAUCACAGUAUAUAGAUUAUUUUUAAUCUAGCCGCAAAUUCUUUUUUUUUUUAUUUCUCUGUCCAAAAGUGGCAAUGUCGAAAGACUUAACACUUGAUUUCAAACAUUUGAACCUUUGCUAUAAUAACCAAUGAUGGAUGUCUUCAUUUUGCUACAUUAUAACCGUUCAUUUUUCCGGUUAUGUUUACAUGAAAACGUAUGGGAAAAUUCAAUGCUCAUAUCUUGAACUUGGCAUCUCGGUCUCCUCCAGGAAGUUCGAAAUUGCAGUGUGUGACAUUUUUUUCGGGAUUUCUGUUUCUGUUCCUUUCUACUUUAUUCAUUAUGAACGCCCCAGACUCACACCCAAAACAAGGCUAAUAUCUUUCAAAUAAUUCCAUUCUAAUUCUUAUGUGUGGGCAAACUUAGGUAAGGCAUCUAUAAUAUUCUGGGAGAAUAAAAAUGAUUCAGUGAAUGUAUCCUUCAAUAUCGAUGUUUCAAUUAGCUAUUCUAUUCUGUCAAAUAAUAAUACAUUAUAACAUUGAAUCGAGUUUUGUUUCGAAGUUUCAUCGAAUAGCUUGUUUGAAAGAUCAUAUCUCUAUAUGAAUAUUCAUCUUGCACUUCUUAUUGUCUUACAAGUUCAAUAGUGUGAAACUGGAUAAUUGGAUUUGAUGUGUAUGUACGUUCUAGGACACUAACUACAUAAACUUCAAUACUUCUACUUCCUAUCAUACACCAAUACCUUCUAUGUGCAUCAUCUUGUCUUAUCUUUGUUUUUUUAAGGUUUAGUUAUUUAUUUGAAAGCAAACUAUUCAAAUGUAGAGUUGUGUAUAAGAACUCAAUGCAAGUUAAAGAAAUAUUGAAAGAUACGAAACGUCAAGUCUAUUUUAUCUACAUAUUCUAUUUUUUUCAACGAAUCAGAAGUAUAUAUUUGACACUUGUAUGUGUAGAUAAGAAAUCGUCCUAUUUUCGUACCAUUCUCUUCCUUAGAAAAUAUAUAAAUAACAUCAAGAGAAUAUUUUUUUUUCUAUUUGGCUUACUGUAGUGACAUGCUGGCGCUGUUUGUAAUAAGUUUUUGUACAAAUGUUCUGAUUCCCAUACGGGCGCUUACACCUUACAAAGAUUGCGGAUCCGAAGCAGGUGUUAUUCAAAGUUUUGAUAUUCCCGGUUGUACUAUGCCACCUUGUAUAUUUAUUAAAAGUCAUACAUAUUCCAUGAACCUAACAUUUGUAGCAAAAGCUUCAUCGAAAACGGCAAACAUUAGUAUUUAUGGUAAGAAAACAGAAAACAGGGUGGGUGUGGGUGUGGGUCGAAAGAAGAGACACAAAACAGUCAGACUCCGCUGAUGCUCACACCUAUCCCACACCCACACCCUAAUUUUCAAAAAAAGCUUCAUUUCCUAGAAUUACAUAGGAAAACACUUUUGGGAAACGAUCCUCGUGCAUAAGAUUAUGUCAACUAAUGGACAGAUCAUUCUUGUUUUAUUAGAAGUUUAUGGAUCUUUUCUUUGCCUGUGCUCUUUUCAGCAAAAAAGUGAUAAUAAUUUUUUGGUUAAUGCGAAUAUUUAGGUGUCUUCUCGUCCUAUGUAGUCAAUAUUUCUCAUUCAGCAACUUCAAGCUGCAUUUCCACUGCAAUAGUGCAACUUGAGCCAUUCAUUUCAGAUCCAACCAUUGGCUUAGUCUUUAGUUUGCAAUACAUGUUUUUAACUGAACAAUUUUGAUUGAUCAUGCGAAGUUGAGAUGUAGCAUGUCUGAUAUCAAAUGUUUGCGAUAAAACAAACACACUAUAUCCAUCUCUCAACUCUUCUCUGAUUGAGACUUUAUCCCAUUUCUUAUCUGGUUCACCACCAUCGACCUUUUUGAUUAUUUUUUGUUUGUUAUCUACCACACAUACAGUCAUUGCUGCUCGGUCGUUAUGUUUAACUCUGAUUGAUAUCAGCUGAACAGGUGAUGUCAGUUAUAAUUGAUAACCUCGUGCGCCCCGCCGUGUUGCUCAUUAGGAUUUCAAGCUAAGUUCCACAUAACUGUGUUUGUAUGUAUUGGAACCACAACUUGUUUGGCAGAUGUUUCAGGUUUAAGUAUAGGUUUGUCUUGUACAGAAGGAAGUUGAUUUAUAGAUGAUGGGCUCAGUGUAGAGAUGAAUUCUACCAUUUCUUUUGCCUUACGAUCAAGAGGAAGUGUGGUAAGUGUAUUUUGAUCUAUAGUUAUCUUACAGCGUAACGGGCAGCCAGAACCUCCAUUCCUAACCAGAUUCUGUAGACAUUUGAAGCAGUAAGUGUGUGAACAUGGUAAAAUGCGAGGAUCAUCGAAGUUGUCCAUGCAAAUCCCACACUCAACAAGCUGUUCCAGUUGUUUCAUUGUAGAAGAAUUAUUUGCUGUAGCCAUCCUUUUAAGAAAGAAAAGGCUUUUUUAAGGAACUGGCCCACAAAAUAUAGAAUUUUUCGGUAUCCACGGUAGACGGAAAGGUUUUGACAGAUUUUUGUCAACCUUCUCUAGACAGAAUACGACGAACUUUCCAUCACAACUCUCAAACACUCAAGACGAUUGAUUUUUCAAUGUGAAAUGGGACUUUUAGAAUGAGAUUAUAUUCUCUGUUUAGUUUUAUUCGAAAGAAAGUCUAAUAUUCUAUUUUCAACUGCAGUAUACUGACAGUGUCGAACAUGGUAGAUGUUUUGCGCUAUCUUUGGUUUGCCCAAUCGGCCAACAGUUAAUUUUUAGCGUUGGCGGUGUGCAAGCGAGGCAAUAAGAUGUUAUUGCUUCCAUCCAAAAACAUUCUCUUCCUCUUGUGUGCCAAGCGAACAGAAGGAAAAACGCAUUAAAAAAAAAGCUCAUUGCUUCAUUCUCUAAAAUUUGUAUUGCUUUCUUGAAAAUUAUGACUAGCGAAAGAAGAAGAGCAAAAACAUCGAGAUUUUGGAAAGGAUCAAUGUUUUUCUCAAAAAUUAAACAGGGAAUCGUUUGCAAAAGUCAAUUAUACGUACUGAAAUUCAGUUGUAGACUAUAAAAUGUUCAUCCAUAAAAUAUUUUAACUAUUCAUAAAACAAUAAGACUGUUCUUCAAGAUUUCGGAGCUGUAGGAUUUUACUAGUCACUUUAAUAUUUAUAAUCAAAGCAAGAGAACUUUUCAGCAUAUAUUCGUGCUCUGAACACGAAUAUGUGUGUUGUGAAGAAAACGAAAAAAGCGAUAUAUAUAUUCCUUUAUCAUAUAAGUAGUGCACUACGUUAUAGGUAUAAAAAAUUUUCAUAGUGCUUUAGUGACCAAAUCACACACGAUCCAAUCCGUCAUCUCUCAACAGAACUCUCCACUUUAAAAAAAUCCGCUUCGUGAAAAACCUUAACAUGUUCGGAAAUUCUCUUGCAAAUCAGAAAAGAUUUGCGAACAUUAGAAAUGUUUUUUUAGGAACACUUUCUUGGUUUCUGAGGCGCCAAAAACCCUUAGGUUUCGUAAAAUACCGAUUGCAAUAUUCUGAAGGUAUUAUGAAGUACCUACUUCUUGCUAUCGAAAACUUAAUAUUAUCCGGAGGAACUGCGAUGAUAUUCCAGCAAACUCAUGUUUCAGGAAUGCUGUGACUCUUAGUCGAAUUAGUAUGCGGGAAUAGCGUUUUCAUUCUCGAAAGGGAUCCGAAAACACUUGAUCCAAAUCCUCUAUCAUUAGGAACCAAUAUCGGUUUUCGAGUUUCUUUGAAUGUCUCGAAAGGUUUCCAACAUUUUACAAACUAUUCUAAUAUUCAUUUGAAAAUUUAUGAUUAAAUUCCAGAAUCUACUUAAACAAGCGUUUUCAAUGUUUGAACUUUCUUUUAUGAUCAUUGUUCGCAAACUCAAUCUUUCUCCAUCGAAAAACAAAGGAUCAUUUUAUCUUUCUCUUCAGGAUGAUUUCAAGAUCAAUUAAUAAAGUAAGUUGAAUCUUUCUUAAUGAAACACUACUAAUUCAUUUCAUUUUUCUCUUUAGGUCGAUUUUAAGACAAUCAUAAUGGGUGUGGGUGUGGGUUGUUGUUUUGUUCACAUCUGAAACUUACACAUCCAUCCACACCCCUAUUCAGAACUCGAAAAAACGCAUGAUUCUCAGGUAAAGUAAAUUUGUAGGAACUAUUUUACGAGAAAGAAAAGCCACAAGCGGAGUUUUUGAGAGUUCUGAUGUAAACUUGGUGAUACUCUGUCUGAGCAAGCUGUACAAAGAUCUUCAGCAAUGCCUGCUCGCCGUGAAUACUGAGAUUUUCAUUACUUUUUCUUAAAUUUCAGUGACUGAAUGUGAUUACGUACCUUUUUUUUUUACAGAAAUCUUGAGUUACUGUUUAUUAUAAAAUGUGACGCUUCGUUAUUCGUUUUGUGCUCUCCAGAAUUUUAUAUAAAUUAUAAUUCACAACCACUAUACAGUGAUGAUGAAAUAAGUGAUGCCUUACUCUUUUAUGAUGAAAUUAGAAGUUUUCUUUCUUUUCUUUCGUUCAUGUUGUUUCGCUUACACAUGUGUUCUUAUUUCUAUUGACUUUACACAAAUAUAUUUUUCAUUUUUUUCGCACGAAGGAACAUUCUCAUGUGUCAAAGCUCUUUUUUAGUUGAGACUUCGUACAUCUUGUAGAUCUUAGUGAACUAUGUCUACUCUGAGAAGAGCUUGUGUCUCUGGUUUGUUUCUGUGGAGAUCGAACAUUUUUAGUUAAUUUUCGGUGCAGGAUCCGAUUUUUUCAGCAAGACCAUAUUGUCAAAUUUUGACCUAAAACUUUGGUCCCACAUGGAGACAUCAUUUCGAUUAGUUUGCAUAAAAAUUUUCGAGCUCUUGAGUUCCCUAUCUGCGAGAUAUGAAGCUUUCAAAAAAAUUACAUGCUGUGUAUAUUAGCUAUUGAGAACAGCCUAUACAUUGAAAAUUCCAUAUCUCAAAGAUAGGCGGUGCAAAAGUUCUGAAAUUUUUUAUGGAAACUAAUCUAAAUGACAUCUCUAUGUCGAGCGAAAGUUUCAAGUCAAAAUUUGACAAUAUGGUCUUACUGUAAAUGUAAGAUCUUAUAGCCAGAAUUCACUAAAAACAUUCGAUCUCCUCAUAAACAAGUCAUGAACACGAACUCAUCUCAGAGUAGACAUAGUUCACUAAGAUCUACAAGAUGUACUAAGUUCCGACUGAAAACCUCUCCGAUACCGGAGAAUGUUCUCUUAACAAUUCUUACUAAUUUAAUUUUUUAUCGUUGUACUAUUUGAGUUAACUAUCUCGUUCGUUUCCAUGAUUUGCCCAAUCAAUGACCGACUCAUUCUUCAUAGCUUUUUCAUUUUUAUCCAGUGUAUAAUGUAAAAUUUUUUUAAAUUGAGAGCUGAUAUAAUUGAUAGAUCGAUAUUCUCAUGCGAGCGACUCGACAUAGGUCAGUCUUUUAAUUUUAGUGCUUUCAUUGAAAUAUGUUACUCGGACAUACCCAACAUAGAUACAAAUGAAGUGAUCGGACGUUAUUGAUCAUGUCAAUCUUUCAUAUUUCUAUUUAUUGUUUAGUUUUUCUAUCUAUAUUAUUAUUCAAAAUCUAUUGAGCUCGACUGACAUCAUUAAUAAGAAAGUGCUUUAUUCAAAACUAUUUCAUCAGAUUGUUUUUUUCUGUAUUCUUUUACAUUAUACUUUUUGUCGUAAACAUAUAAUAACUGACGUCUGAACCUAGUUUAGCAUUCGACUAUAUAAAAGACAUCUGUUAAAGCUAUAUUAAUAUUUAAAAAAUGUUUUCAAAUAAUCGACCAUUUUUUGAUGAUAGUAGUUUAAUGUAUAUAAUUGGGAUGGUUGCUUAGAUGUAGUCUUCAAAAUGUCUAUCCUUAAUGAUUGUUCAGUUUGGAAUAUUCGAAAAAUACAAAAGAAAGUCAAAAUACAUCCGAAACUUAUCAUAAACGUUUUAUACAUGUUAUUUUCACACAAUGUCCGAUGGUUAGAUGAGAUUUUUGUAGUCAAAAUAGUUUUUAUCGUACAGUUCCACUUGUUACUGGGCGCUUGAUUUCUGAACUGAGUAACUUGUUAGAGAAAAUAGUCCUACUCAUAGACUUAGUUUGCUGCGAAAAUAAUUCAGUUGAGUUUAUGACAAAGACUCUUACAAAGCAAAAUUAAAAUAAUAGUCCAUUGUUACAGAAUGAUGACCAGAGUGUAGUAACUAAAACCUCAUCUGAACUAUUUUUCUAGCAAACUAAGUCUAUGGAUAGUGCUAUUAUCUCCAACAAUUUACGCAAUUCAGAAACCAAACGCGCUGAACCUUAUGAACGAAAACAAAAUUGUAAAAACGCUCAUUUUUACACGUUCAUAACGCGUUAAAGUUUUGAACCAGUAUAUAUUCGUUUGGAAACUAAUCCGUUGUGAUUGAGAAACAAAAAUGUGAGCUUUUCAUGGUUUUAUUUUCGUUAAAAUUUUCACACGUUUUUACUUUCGUUGUUUGUCUUAUUAAGUUGUGUCAAUCUGAAGGAAAUUCGAUCUAUCAUUAGAAAUAGUACCGAACAAUGUCAAAAUAGAGAAAAAAGUUAACCUUCUCAAAUUCAAGUUGAUGUUCUUCAUUUAAAUCAACAGAAAUCUCGAUUAGAUGACAGCAAAGAAGACACAAUGAAAUGCAUAAUGCUGAAAUUCAUAAAAAAACAGUUGGAUUCUUUAAAUAAUUUGAUCGAUGGAAAAAUGAUCAUAGAGUGUAUUAAAAAUCCUCUCAGUGUCAAUCACUGAACAGAAUAUUAUACUCAGUCUGAGUAUACUAAUAAUAUUAGUAUAAUAAAUGAAAAUAUACGAGAAUCUUAAUUAGAGUGUAGAUGGAUAGCUAUCGGUAAAAAGAAACUUGACAUCAGAGCCUAUAUCCUUGUUUAAAAAAAACCAAAUUACGUAAAAGGAAAUAACAAGAAAUGAUAUCUGUAUAUCUCAUAUUUGGGUGUGGGUGUGGGUGUUGGGUGACGAUGAACAAGUGAUAUUACCCACACCCACACCCACCACCACCCACACCCACAUCCACACUCGCCACCACCCACACCCACCCACACCCA